CUGCCUCUGCUGGUGUUCCAAGUGCAUUACCGCUAGCAGUGGUGACGGCCAGCUCGUGGGUAGCAGUCCUAUAGUAAGAUAGACGUGUGCACAAGUCGAGUGAGGGAUCUAUGUUUCAACUGUUGCGUUCAUCAGCAAGUUACAGAUUUUUACUUGGGGCUGACACACAGGACAAUUAUUGAAGACUUUCGGCGCUACGUAGAAUGGUAGAAACUGAACUGGGCCGAAAGGAUCAUCCGACAGGUGAUGUGAAAGACAAACAAGUAAACGGUAGCUCCAAAGACAUCGAACUUAACGUAACUCUACCAACAACCAGAAAGCGUGACAUCGAAAAAAGCAGUAACUUUGAGAAAGCUGGCUUUGAAAAAGCAAUUGAACUUACAGGGUACGGAAAAUUCCAUUACUUUCUGCUGACUACAUGUGGUUUUGUGAGUACGAGUGAAGAGAUGGACGUAAUCUCCAUGUCAUUCAUUCUUCCAUCAGCACAGUGCGACUUGAAUUUGAAUACGCAUACAAAGGGCUGGCUCAACUGCAUUAUCUUUAUAGGUAUGAUGGCUGGUGCAUAUGUAUGGGGCUCAGUGGCAGAUUCCUUGGGUCGAAAGAAAGUGCUGAUUGCGAUAUCAGUAAUGAAUGCCAUCUGCAUAGUUGCCUCCAGCUUUUGUCAGACAUAUGAACUGUUUAUGCUAUUCAGAUUUCUCAAUGGAGCUGCGCUCGGUGGAAGUGGUCCUGUUAUAUGGUCUUACUUUGCUGAAUUCCAGCCAAAAUCUAAACGAGGGUCAAUGUUAAGUUUUAUGGCUGCAUUUUGGACGUUAGGAAACCUUUUUGUAGCAUGUCUAGCAUGGCUAAUAAUUCCAAGCAGUAUUGGAUAUUUUUCACCAACAUUUAAGUACAACUCAUGGCGUAUAUUUCUCCUAGUUUGUUCACUGCCAAGUUUUGUUGUGGCUAUUCUGCUAAUAUUUCUUCCUGAGAGCCCAAAAUUUUUACUGUCACAAGGUGACCGUGAAGGAGCACUGAACAUUUUCAAAAAGAUAUAUCACAUCAACACAGGAAAACAGCAUGAUUUAUAUCCAGUGAAAGAACUACUAAAUGAAUUUCCAAAAACUGAAGAUGAAAUUGAAAAAGAAGAGGAGAAAGUUGGGAAAUGUCGAAACAUGAUGAGUGACAUUGCGGACAACAGCAGACAGUUAUUUAUUUCUCCAAUACUGAAAUUUACUCUUAUUUCCAUCUUAAUCAACUUUACUUUUCAUAUUGGGUAUUAUGGGCUGAUGAUGUGGUUUCCUGAACUGUUCAAUCGUUUUAAUGCAUAUUCUCAAGCACAUAAGGGGCAAGAAGCAUCUGUGUGUGAAAUAACAGAAUAUGUUGUGAAGACAGGUUUGGAAUCCAAGGAUAAACUGUGCAGUGAUAAAAUCGAGAGUGAUGUAUUCAUGGAGUCCCUUAUUACCGUAGCAGCUGCUUUUCCAAGCAAUAUUCUUGCAGUACUUUUCAUGGAUAGGCUUGGCAGAAAAUUCUUUCUUGUCUUUAGCACAUUUUCUUCUGGUCUUUGUGCCAUUGGUAUGUACUUUGUCACCAAUAAAAAACAAAAUCUUAUAGUAUCAGCUGUGUUCAGUAGUGUCAUCAGCUGUGGUAAUGCAGCCCUUGACUGCCUCAUUACAGAAAUAUUUCCAACAAAUUUAAGAGCAACUGGUGUAGCAAUAUCCAUGGUUGCUGCCAGACUUGGAGGUAUCAUUGGCAAUAUUGUGAUAGCUACUCUGUUAGAUAUGUAUUGUCCUGCACCAACAUUUAUAGUAGCUGGACUUCUUAUAGGGGGAGGAUUACUUUGUUUAAUGUUACCAAACACAACCCGUGAACCACUUUCUUGACAUCUGCUUAAAAAACAUCAUCAUAUACUGAAACCAAGCAGCAGGAACUGCCCACAAUCCUGUCAAAAUGGACUGACCUUGAAGCCAAAACGUUGACGAUAAAAUCAGCGGUUUCAUGGAAUGUUCAAGUAGGAGAGCAACCAUGUAGAAGAAGCUUUAUUAGACAUCACAUAAUUCAUUCCAGAUACAUUCUGUAAAAACAUGAUGUAGCAUUAUAUUUUAAGAAAGGACACUUGUUCAAUAUUUUUGGUAUUAACAUGAACAAGCUGGUUAUCUUGUAUACUGAUGAGUGCAUUGCAAUGUUUGUUAGUACAGAGUGAAUGUGAUAGUUGUUGCCUUAUAAGAACAUUCCUUGGGUUUGAUUGCUUGAAGACUAGAAUCUGUGAUAAGUAAACUAUUGGUGAGGUUCCUUUUAACUGUAAUACCAAUGUUAUGUUUAAUGCCACAGCUAUGGACAGGAGGUUGGAAAAGAUUUUAAAUUACAGCAUUUACUGUAUUCACAGUAUGCUAACUGAGAAAAACAUAUCAUGACUGUAGAUCACAAUUUCAACUAGUUUGGUUAUGGGGCUUUGUACAAGCCACAUCAAAGGCAGCAAAAAAACAAAUUUUGAGCCUCAGAUCAUAACAUAAUGGCACAUGAUAGAACUUGUCAGUCUUUCUGCCAGACAUCUUGACAUCCAUUGAAGACAUGUAUCUUUUAACAGUUACUGUAACUGUUCUGUAUUAGUAAUUGGCAUACCAAAUUUAUUCAUCAUAGGUACAAAUUUGGUAACACAUUCCUAUUUACCCUAUCAAAGUUCAUACUAUUGCUUAUAUUCAUAAGGCAUAUAAUCUCUUGAUGAAUUCUGAAUCUGUUCAGAAUUUAACUGUAACGUAAACUUGCUAAUGAGAUUAUUUGGACAGGAUAUCUGCAGAAACAAUUUCAUGUGGCAACAUACCAAGGGAUGUGUUAAGAUAUUUUAAUUAGGUAAACGUAGAUUUAAUACAAUGUGUCAAAUUAUUGGGGGAGGGGGACUGAGCAAUCACCUCCUCUGUAGACUAAGUGUUUUGGAGGGUUUCUCCUGAAAACUGUUUUAUUUUUGUUGGGUUGAUUCCAGUUAUAACAAAUUGGUUACAUAGGAAUAACUUAAUAAUGAUUUUAAAAUAUAUUAAACUGAUUGAACAUUUAAAAAUUGUGAUUUCCAUACAUACUUUGCUUGCAUUUAUUUAUUUAUUCAUGCUGAAAGUUUUGGUAUGCGAGUUAGACUUCAGGUGAGACAUCUCUUCAGGAUACCCAAGACUUUCACUGAAUAUUAAGCUACAGUAUUACUUGUUGUCAAAGCUUGUGAUAUUUUAACAUCUUGGAUGACAUCAAAACAGGUGUAAUUUUAUGAUACUAAAAGUAACACUUAUGACAUUAAAUUGAUGCCUUAUAUCCUUGGGAAAUAUGUGCAGGCAAUAGACAAACAACUCUGACAUCUUUUUCCAAGCAGUCUUAAACUCAGUCAUUUAAUAUGGCUGCCAGGUCUUUAGGACAAAGAAGGUUAUACAUAACAAUUUUCCCACGUCUUUCCUAAGUGUAGUAUAGCCACAGAUAACUCUUACUCUCAGUAUGAGACAUAAGACUGAGGAUUUCUAGGAUCUGAGGGAUGUCAGUAUAAUUCUAGAAUUCUUCUUAAAAAAGACCUAUAUACAAUUAAAAUGAUGUUACAUUUUGAAAUUUAUAGAAAACUUGUCAAAAUACAGUCAUACAGCUACAUAUUAAUUCAUAUAAUAAUAAAGUUACAGUAGAUUAAACAAUUAUAACAAAUUGUGUAUCACUUAUGAAUAUUAAUAAGGCCAAACGAUGCAUGUAUAAACAACUCCAGCUUAUAUUAUCUUUUGGGUCUUUGUUAAAUAAAUUAUUGCCCAAGUACUGUCUCUCUGCACUGAA